AUGGAGGUCUUUUCCAAAUAUUUCAGGCGCCUUCUCACAGGCAACGCCCCUCAGAUCUUUCCCGGUGUGAAUAAGUCUGUGGAAAAUGCCGGGAACUAUCCUCUCCUGGUACAAGAGAUGCAAAAGGUAUCUCAAGACAUCGAACAGGCCCAGAAAAUCGCGGAGACGGUAGAUACUUCCGAGGGCGAUAUUUUCCGAGAUUUCGACCUUUCGACUUUUCUGGAUCAUUUCAAGCUUGAUCCUAUCUUGAAGGUUUCACUUGCGCUGGCUUUCAAGAUGGCUAACAAGUCGGACUUGCGCGCAAAGGCUGAUGCAAUCCUCUCCAACUCGAUACCUCCAUUCCUCCAAAGCCUCGCCACCCCGUCGGAGAUAACCAAGGACUAUAAGAAUGCUUGUAUCGGAAUGACGAUUGAGCGCUUCAUCCUGUACCCACCGCGCAAUUUCACAGACGAAGUGAAGGCUAAGCUCGUAUAUGCGGCCAAUCUACGCUAUACGAGACUGGGCGUGGAGAUGCCUUUUGAGAUUGCAUCUGCCCUGCAAAUGUUCAAUUUCAUCAACCCGAGAUAUACCCUAGUCCGUCAACUGCACUCAAAGGGGCCGAAAGCAACUUCAAACCCAGACGCUGUGACUGAAGCCAUCAAUUCAGCUGGCUCCGAAUGCUGGAAUGAGGAACAUCUUGCUAGUGCACUGUUAUUCUUGGUUCUGUCUCAAUAUUGGCAGGAAUUUUCCCUGGAAACAUUCCUUGCAGCUGUCAAGUCACAUUACGGUGAAAAACAAAUAAGCUGGCCUCUGAUUUUCCGAAAUUUUGAUCGGGAGGGCUUGAGGCUAGAUGCAAAACAAUUCGCCAAGCUAUAUUCGGCUCUCUUAGCAGCUGCUUCCGAAGACCCAACCUUGGAUGUUCAGAAACUUUGGGGCGGUGAUUGGGAACAUCGUGACACUCAGCUGUCCUUUCUCACAGCUUUCCUUGUCUCUCGAACAGAUGUGUCGCAGAUCCCCAACCUUCGCGCUACUUUCCCUCCAGACUUUUUUGCGGAUGGCCCCGAGCUUGUUCGUUUACAAGGAGAACGUGCAGCAAAAUCACCCCUACGGUCUUUGGAUGCCAUGAGAGCUUUGUUCGACCUCUCCUUGUUCUCUCAGGCCUCCUGGGCGGUCGCCGAGAGCCAACUGCUCAUCAAAGCCAUCGUUCAAUAUGACCUCCCUGUGUUCCUAUGCUCGGCGCUGACCCUUCCACAGCCGUGGACGACCGUUCAGCAAAGCUUCGUCCUCCGGACACUAGUCGUUUUUAUACUAAAGCAAGAGGAAGGAUACCAGUUAGCCCUGCAUGGAGCGUGGCGUCAAGAUAAGCAAUGGGUGGCGGAGCAACUUUUCACUACGUUCACACAAGAUCCGACUUCUACUGCUGCCAUAUACGAGCAUGCUGUCGAAUACAAUUGGCUGGAUUUCCUACUAGGAUACACAAAUGGCCUCGCUAUGGAUCUUGCUUGUUACGCUCACCGUAAGGGACCUUUCGAUCUGGAACAAUGGGUGCGCAAUGCUGCUCAAAAGGGUCCCAUGGAUAUGGGCAGCUUAUUAUCCAAGUUUCUGAGAAUCAAAGCGGAGGAUGAGCUUCAUGUCCAAAGGAAAGAGCAACCCGCGCCUCAAAUGGUCAGCCUUUCUGUGAAGACCGUCUAUACCUUGCUGUCAGUCUUGGAGGAAUACGUCGGUGAUCGUGAGAACCUCACACCGGUGCAACGGAUCUGUAUCCAGACGUAUCCUAGGUUGAUCAACUACGGAGAAGGUUUUGAUGAUAUUAUCGAUGCCAACGGUGAAAACGGAAACUCUUUGCCUGAGACCGUUGACAAGCAAAUGCAGGAGUUGUUCGGCAAGAUGUAUCAUGAAGAGCUGUCCCUGAGAGAAAUUCUCGAGUUGAUGAGACGAUAUAAGUCCUCGCGCGAACCCGCUGAGCAAGAUUUGUUCGCUUGUAUGGUCCACGGACUCAUCGAUGAGUAUCAUUGCUACCAUGAGUAUCCACUGGAAGCUCUCACAAAGACAGCUGUCAUGUUUGGUGGUAUCAUUAACUUCCGACUUGUUGAUGGUAUCACCUUGAAGGUCGGUUUGGGCAUGAUUCUGGAAGCGGUGCGCGAACAUGACAUGCACGACCCGAUGUACAAAUUUGGAGUUGAAGCUAUCGAGCAGUUGAUCAACCGCCUUCCAGAAUGGGCUGGCUUCUGUCAUCUGUUAUUGCAGAUUCCGACUUUGCAAGGCUCUCCAAUCUUUCAAAAAGCCGAAGAGGUGCUUCGCGAACAAGGAAGCCAGGCCCGCGACUCCGAUACUGGCAGACUCGACAAUGCUUCCGCUGGAUCUAUAACUAAUGGUAAUGUUGUAGAUGAGACUACUGCCGCUGAUGGGACAAGUCGCAAAUUCAUUUCUGUACAUGUUGAUCCCCCUCUCCGACCUGAAGUCUACAACGACCCCGACGAGGAUGUUCAGGACAAGAUUCUAUUUGUACUGAACAACGUCUCGGAGCAGAAUAUCGAGGAGAAGCUACAAGAUCUCACCGAUGUUCUUCGGGAUCAACACCACCAAUGGUUUGCUUCGUAUUUGGUAGAAGAACGGGCCAAACUGCAGCCUAAUUUCCAGCAGUUGUAUCUUGAUCUCCUUGAUCGCAUUAAUGAUAGGGUGCUUUGGGCGGAAGUUCUGCGAGAAACAUACGUCAGCGUUUCUAAGCUGCUGAAUUCCGAGGCCACUUUGAAUAAUUCCACCGACCGUGGACACUUGAAGAACCUUGGGUUAUGGCUUGGAUCCUUGACUAUCGCAAAGGAUAAGCCAAUCAAGCACAAAAAUGUUUACUUUAAGGGGCUUCUCUUGGAAGGUUAUGACAGCCAACGCCUGACGAUCGUGAUUCCGUUCACUUGCAAGGUGUUGGUCCAGGCUACCAAGUCUACAGUCUUCAAUCCGCCAAACCCUUGGCUCAUGGAUAUCCUGGCACUUUUGAUGGAGCUUUAUCACUUUGCAGAAUUGAAACUGAAUCUCAAGUUUGAAAUCGAGGUUCUAUGCAAGGACCUUGAUCUUGAUCACAAAGCAAUUGAGCCGUCCGUCAUCAUUCGGGACCGUUCAGCGCACAUUGAGGAUGCGUUGUCGACAGCCAACAUUCCUGAAGGUCUCGAAGCGUUUGAAGACAUGGCACUUAGCAGCAUCAACCAAGGCAUUCGUCACGAAAGGCUAUCACCCGCCGCUAUUAUGUCGACACUGCCAAGCUUAGAUAAGAUCCUUGUCCUGCCGUCGUCCGCAAGCAGCAUGGUUGACCCCAACGUCCUUCGGCAAAUUGUACACAGUUCUGUGGAACGUGCUAUUGCAGAGAUUAUUACGCCUGUGGUAGAACGGUCAGUAACAAUUGCCUCCAUAUCGACAGUUCAAUUGGUGUCAAAGGAUUUCGCUAUGGAGCCCGACGAGGAGAAGGUCCGACAUGCGGCUGGCAUAAUGGUUAGGCAACUUGCUGGUAGCCUGGCCCUUGUCACUUGCAAAGAGCCUCUGAAGGUCAGCAUGACCAACUAUAUCCGUAUGAUCCAGCAGGAGUAUUCGGACCAGCCUAUGCCUGAGGGGCUUAUACUAAUGUGUGUUAAUGAUAACUUGGAUGCCGCCUGCGGCAUUGUGGAGAAGGCAGCAGAAGAAAAGUCGCUUCCAGAAAUCGAAAAGGUCAUUGAGCCGCAGUUGGAAGCCCGUCGCCGUCAUCGUGCGGCCCGGCCUAAUGAACCAUUCAUUGAUCCAUCUAUGAAUCGCUGGGGGCUUUUCAUUCCCGAGCCUUAUCGGCAGGCACCUGGUGGACUCAACAAAGAGCAGCUGGCUAUCUAUGAAGAGUUCGCCCGCCAGUCUCGGGGCCCUGGAACAGCUCAUAUCCCCAAUGUUUCGACAGACUCUGCCCGCAUUCAAGAUGUUCUACAGGAUCCUUAUACCGCCAUACCGAACCUUUCCACACCUGCAGAGCAGCCUGCUGUUCCUCACAGGACACCACAGGCGCAACAGGAUGCCAGAUUGCAGCAGUCUGGGCUCGUAAGUGCACAGUCGCAGCUCAAUGGUUUCCUUGAAGCACAGAGUCCACGCGAGAAGGUUGAGAGCAUCGUUUCCGAUCUUCAACAAGCUGCAAGAAAUGCGUCUGAGGAACGUGUUAGAGACCUCGGAAGAGACAGCGGCGUCCUACAAGAGUACAACCAAGCCUUGCGGGCUAUUCUCGCAUCUCCCAACGGUGAGGAACUGGCGCGGUUGACGUCGCUCAAGAUCUGCACAAGUCUAUUCUCGCAAACUCAAGGCACAUUAGAGAUUGAAGUACUCGUACAUCUUCUUGCCAAGUUGUGUGAUAUGUCGUCUCUAGUAGCACGAUACACCUGGGCGGUCCUAUCGGAAGUUGAUGAUGAGCACAUGUUCAAUGUCCCAGUUACAGUCGCUCUCAUUGAUGCUGGACUUCUGGAUAUUCGUCGCGUCGAUAUGAUAUUGACAAGGCUUAUUCUUCAGAAGAAUACUAGUGCUCUAGAUGUCCUUGCCAAUUUGAUGGACCGUGUUCUUUUCAGCGAAGAGCCUUCCGCCUUGAGGUCUGACUUCUCAGGCAGUCUUGAAGCUAUGAGCCAGUGGCUUGCAGAAGACUCCGGUCUUUCAACUGCCAGUGACAUUAUCAACAAACUGCGCGAGUCUGGGAUUCCCGAAGUUGUUAACCCUCUACUCAGCGAUAAGGCGAGAUCGAAGCGUGAUCAAAUGGAAUACAUCUUCAGCGAAUGGAUCGGAAUUUACAAGGCUCCAGGCGCCAUUGAUCGCACCUAUUAUUCUUUCCUCAAAGAUAUCCAUGAGAGACAAGUCAUGGACAACCAAGAAGAUUCCGCCUUAUUCUUCCGUCUUAGCAUCGAUAUUUCCGUUGCAAUGUUUGAGCAUGAGUCUCAAAAUCCUAAUGGCAGCCUUGAUGAGGCCUACCUCUAUAUCGAUGCCCUCGCAAAACUGGUUGUACUUCUUGUGAAAUUCCAGGGUGAGACGCCAGGAGCUACUAAGACUAGCAAGUCAGUCUACUUCAAUUCGAUCCUGUCAUUGCUGGUGCUCGUCCUCAACCACCAUCAUGUUAUGAGGGGGGAAGCUUUCAACCAGCGCGUCUUCUUCAGGCUCUUCUCGAGUAUCCUUUGCGAAUAUUCCUUGAACGGCCUUCAACAGAGCGAACAACAUCAAGAGAUGAUGUUCGCCUUGGCUAACAUAUUCUUGUCACUCCAACCCAAGUACUGCCCCGCGUUUGUUUACGGAUGGCUAGCGUUGGUCUCGCACAGGUUCUUCAUGUCAGGUAUGUUGAACAUGCCAGAGCGUACAGGCUGGGGCCCUUACUGUGAGAUCAUGCAAGCUCUUCUUGCCUAUAUCGGCGAGCAACUCAAGCCUGCAAAUAUCUCCUAUGUUAUCAAAGACAUGUAUAAGGGCGUGCUUCGCAUCCUAUUGAUCCUGCAUCAUGACUUCCCCGAGUUUGUGGCGGAAAACCAUUUCCAGUUCUGCAAUGUUAUCCCCGCACACUGCGCUCAGCUUCGAAACCUUGUCCUGAGCGCCUAUCCGUCAUCCUUCCACAAACUCCCAGAUCCGUUUAGAGAGGGUCUGAAGGUGGAACGGCUGGAGGAGAUGCGGGAAGCACCAAAGAUCGCUGGUGACACGGCAGCGCCACUCCAGCAGGCCAACAUCAAGAGUGUGGUUGACUCGUCGCUUCAGGGCGGAAAUGCGUCGGAAGCGGCUUUGCAGCAGAUUUGCGAAGCCGUGUACAACCCGACUACCAAAGAGACCGGUCUCUUCUACACGCCAAUCAACGUCAACGUCGUGCUUCUGAACGCAUUAGUGCUCUACAUCGGGCAGAGCGCUGGCUCUGCCAAUGCACCUAAGGGCAACACUCGUGCAGCAUUUGACAAUUUUCCUCAUUCAGCCCUUCUUGAGAGAUUAGCGAAAGCCUUGCGGCCUGAGGCGCGCUAUUACCUUCUGAGCGCGAUGGCGAACCAGCUUCGGUAUCCUAACAGUCACACCUACUUCUUCAGUUUCGCGAUUCUCCGUUUGUUCGGUUCCGACUACUCGGAACAGGAUGAGUCCGACAUUCGCCAGCAGAUUAUUCGGGUGCUACUUGAGCGACUUAUUGUUCAUCGUCCUCAUCCUUGGGGGCUGAUUAUAACUCUGCAGGAACUGCUUCAGAAUCGAAGCUACACCUUUUUCCGUCUUCCCUUUAUCCAGGCGGCGCCUGAGAUCGGACGUUUAUUCGAUGCACUCCUGCAGCACAUUCAACAGCAAAGCCCUAGAGCGUUGGCCUAG